AUGAGCAGUCUGGAAUCAUUAAGCUCGCUGGACUAUGUUCCACAAAAACUUACCGCCGAUUCGGAGGAACAGUCCCACAGAAGCAUGGACCUUGCUAGGGUUAGAACAGAAACAGCCCAGUCAUUAAAGGAGCUCGGUGUGAAUGAGGAGGUUCCUCACCAAGAUUUCAACUUACCGCCUGUUGAAGAUGCCAUCUUCCCGGAAGAAUACACCCUAGAAACACCCACCGGUUUGGUUCCAGUGGAAAGACUCCAGAGUCUCGGAAGAACCAAACUGAGAGCCAGUCAAGCCACAGCUAGAACGGAACCCAAGGAGCUAGAUCCAGAGAUCGAGCUUGUCACCUUCCACAUAAACGACCCGGAAAACCCCCACAACUGGAAUAUCUGGCUCAAGUGGUUCUACACCUUCAUCUACUCCUGGGCCGUCAUUUCUGCUGCUUACGGGUCAUCCUCUUUAGCGGGAGGACUAGAUCUCAUUAGUGAAAAGUACCAUGUUUCCAAUGAGGUGGCGGUGUUGACGGUGUCGUUGAUGGUGAUUGGGUUUCUUGUGGGUCCCUUGCUUUGGGCUCCACUUUCGGAACAGAUCGGUAGACGUCCAGUGUACUUCAUCAGUUUUGGCCUCUACACUUUAUUCAAUGUUCCUGUGGCGCUUUCGCCUAAUAUUGGCGGUGUUCUCGCGUGCCGUUUCCUUCUAGGCGUUUUUUCAUCUUCUGCCUUGACAAAUGUGGGUGCAUCUUUGGUGGACAUCCACUGUGAAACCAGAGGCAUGGCUAUUGCUAUUUUCUCCUUUUGUCCAUACUCUGGUCCCGUGUUUGGCGGUAUUGUCAACGGUUUCAUUCUGGUCGACACAGGAAGAUACGAUUUGAUGGUGUGGGUGAAUAUGGCGUUUGCAGGCGUAAUGUGGAUCGUUAUGGCCUUUAUUCCUGAAACCUAUGCUCCGGUGAUUUUGAAGAAAAGGGCCCAGCGCCUCCGGAAAGAAACGGGAAACAACAAGAUCAUGACUGAACAGGAAGCCACCCCCAUGACUUUCUCAGAAAUGUUGAACAACAACUUGUACAGACCCGUGAAGUUCUGCUGGCAGGAACCGGUGCUUGUUCUUAUUUGUGGUUUUGUUGCGCUUAUUUACGCCUUGCUUUAUGCUUUUUUCUUCGCAUACCCGGUGAUUUUUGGUGAGCUUUAUGGUUACAAGGACGACAAAAUCGGCCUCAUGUAUGUUCCUAUCUUGAUAGGUGCUCUUUUCGCUGUCAUGGUGACUCCAGCUUUGGAAAGAAGAUACUUGGCCAUGAGCAAAAGAAGAACUCCAACUCCUGAAGAUAGACUUGUGGGUGCCAUGAUUGGUUCUCCUUUCCCUUGCAUCGCUUUGUUCAUCUUGGGUGCCACCUCGUAUAAGCAUAUCAUCUGGGUUGGUCCCGCAUCGUCAGGCAUUGCAUUUGGCUUUGGAAUGGUGUUGAUUUACUAUUCAUUGAACAACUACAUCAUCGACACCUACGCCAAGUACGCUGCAUCGGCUUUGGCGACAAAGGUGUUCUUGAGAAGCGCAGGCGGUGCCGCUUUCCCGUUAUUUAUCACCCAAAUGUACCACACGUUGGGCUUGCAGUGGGCUUCAUGGUUGCUUGCGUUCUUGUCGUUGGCCAUGAUAGUCGUGCCAUUCAGCUUUUAUAGAUUCGGUGGCUCCUUGAGGGCAAAGCUCUGCAAAGAGGAUUACUCCGCCAAGCUCGGUUAG